AGUGUACGUUGGUAAACCUCACUUCCUCUGCCUCGAGAGCUGCGCUGACACGCGGCCGACAAUCCGGGCUUUUAGUCGUGUCGUCAGCGCCCUCGCCUCGUAUUACGAAGGUCCUGUGUUCAAGCCCCGGUGCGGACAGUGCGAAACAGGGCGGGUUACACACUGACUGUUGUGCGCCUAGCCCCGCACACCUCUCUUGCGCACCAUCAUGGUGGACUUUCAGCGCCAUAGCGCCAACAUUCUGCUCCCUUCAUUUGCGAUGAUACACAGACCCAAUCAUUUAGCGUCCCUGGUAGCAUGGCUCCUUUCGGGUCCAUUUACGCAUGCGCAUCACGUUACGAACAAAUCGCCACGCGCCAAAAGGUGUGAUGGGGUGGCUGACCGGUAAGUUAAGUUUGAGCCUGUAAUAAUAAAUUCUUUGCUUAAAUGAUUACGUUUUAUAGCCUCCAUUUUAACUCGGAAUCUGGAUGGCAGUCGUCGUUCGUCCACAUUAAUUUUGUGUUCUACCGCAUAUAUUCGCCAUUGUAACGAGUGGUAGUGUGCUGUAUUUACAGUAAGUUGCCGCUGCGCCGUCUGUCGGCUGGACGUGUACACUACACCCAAGUAAAGUCAGCUGCUAGACGAGGACUGAACCAUUCUCAUUAAUUGUUAAUGCUUUGGCAGGGUGUGAAACCUAUUUUCAUGCGAGCCGCCUCGUCCUCCAGAGUUAACCGGCAGAGCUACCCGCGUGCAGCCGUGUGGGAGUGGGCGGGGGACGGGGGCGGUGCAGCCAGGGACGGGAGGCUGUAUGGUUCAGUGUUGGUGAUGAUGUUGCAGCAGUAAGUUUAAUGUGCUCCAUCAAGAAGGGACGGAUGAUGAGCAGUUUGCUGCAGUCUGUGUGUGAACUCUUUUAGUAAAAACAAAAAACAAGUUCCUGUGAUGGAGAUGGUCUCACCAGCUUCUUCCUGGCUGCUGCAGGCAAACAGGUAGGCUGAAAGAAAGUUGGAGGGUGAAUGAUUCAGAGGUUUUUUAUAUGUUGCUUCUGCUGUAUUUACUGCUGUUCUAGAACAUGGCUGUGUUACGUAUGUUAGGUAAUGUGCUUUACAGUUGCUGUUAAAAGUUUACAUCCACUCGUCAUGUGGGCCCUUCAUGAUUUAUUUGAAAGUUUUUUUCCAAGGUGGAAUGAUUACACUAAGUACAUAUUCAAUGGUUUUUAAAAACAAUAAUUGUGUGCACAGUUUUUAAUAAUUUGGGGGGGGGGGGUCUUUCUGUAAUUGGUCAGAAUUAUACAUACAGGCUCAAAUGUAUAUUCUAUACAGUAAAUUAAAUCUUAUUAUAAGUGGCACUAAAGGUUCCAGAAUGUCUUUUGACUUGACAAGGCCAAGCACUAUUAACUUCUUGCUCACGAUCAUAGCACUCUUUGCUUGGUCCAAUACUCAAAACAACGGGGCUGUCCAAGGAAGUCAGCCAGAUCCAUUCUGUCACCCUCAGAUAAAAGGAAAUUGGUCAGGAUGUUCAGUAACCCUAUAAAACAUUUGUGCACUAUGCUGGCACCAUUCCGGGAAACCAACCCCUUUAAAUGAACCAAAUCUGCAGAGAAGAGUGGUUCAAUAGCCUGAUCGAAGCUUCUUGAUGGCUACAAAAAGCAUCUGGUCAUGUGAAAAUUGUUAAGGAACAUUGAAACAAGUACUAGUGAGGGUGCGUGCAUAUAUUUGGAAAAAAAAACUGUACUGCAUCAGCUUCUGUAGAUGUGACCCAGCCUGCACUGUUGAAACAACAAUGCAAAUAAUAAUAUGAUGAACAUGAAUCAGCUGCUUUCACAAAUCAGAUACAAAAACAAUGAGCCUCUUUGUUUACAGAGACUGAUCCAUAACCCACACACCUGCUGGACUUGUGCCAGCCAGGUCUUCAAACAUGGAGUGUUAAACAUACAGUAUCAGACGUAGAGUAUACAGCAUCUCACUCACAGCUCAGUGCAUUAUUGUCAGGCAAUUGGAUGACAAAAAUCUCAAGUCUGUCCAAAUUGUUCAUGCAGCAAGGUUUUUUUUUCUCCGCAGUCCCAUCUGCUGGAUCUAAGUCACUUCUAAAUCAUUUCCCUGUCUUAGCACUUAGACUACACAGACACUUUUAUCCAGAUCUGCACACAAUGUUUCCUUUGCCCAUAUGUUACCCCGUAACUAAGUGUCAUAUAAUUGAUCGUUUUGGGAGUUUUUCAGGGAAAUCAACAAAGGAUGAAAAAACCCGCCAGGCUGGAGGUGAUAAAUCCCGUAAAUGUGCGCCUCCCACAUUCCAGUAUUAGCGACAGCCCUGCUUCAUUCCUUUGCCAGACUCAUCUUCAGCACCAUGGACAGCAGUUCAGCGAUAGGACAGUUCCUCCCUCAUUGAAAUUUUAAGAUCAGUUGAAAAACUGCAACAAUUUAUAUCUUGCGCUGUUGGAUCUGAAGGAGGUUCUAAGUAGAGCUUCAGAAUGCAAAAAGAAGAAAUGGGAGUAAGACAAAAAAAAAUGGGUAAGCAAUUGACUGCAAAUAAGCAUUAAAGUGGAAUAGGAUGUUCAUCAGCUGAUCAAAAGUUUAAGACCACAGAGUUAAAAAGCAAAAUCUUGUCAAAAAUGUGGAUUGAAUGUGAUUUUCUGUCAGGUAUUCACACUGUCAUGAUCUCUUGAUGGCAAAGGCAAAAAAGCUUUCUCUCUUUGAACACAGUGAGAUUGUUGAGCUGCAUAAGCAAGGCCUCUCACAGCGCGUCAUUGCUGCUGAGGUUGGACGCAGUAAGACAGUCAUUUGACACUUCUUCAAAAAUCCUGAGGGUUAUGGAACAAAAAAGCCAAGUGGUAGACCCCAAAAAAAAUGUCACCGGCCCGGAGCCGGAGGAUUCCAUUGGCUGUCCAUCAAGACAAAGAACCAUCCUUAGCCCAAAUGAGGGUUGUUACCGGUGCCGAGUGCAGUCCAAUAGCCAUCAGACAGCAUCUGCGAGAGAAGGUUUUUAAGAACAAAAAAUGCCACAAAAUAGCCCAUUUGAAAUUUGCAUGAGAGCACCAAACAUGGGACAUUGAAAGGUGGAAGAAAGUUUUAUUCUCUGAUGAGAAAAAAUGGAACCCUGAUGGUCCUGAUGGCUUCCAACGUUACUGGCAUGACAAGGAGAUCCCACCUGAGAUGUUUUCCACACAGCACAGUGGAGGGGGCGCCAUCAUGAUCUGGGGUGCUUUUUCAUUUUUUCCAAUGGAACAAUGGAGCUUCAGGUUGUGCAGGGGCGUCAAACGGCAGCUGGCUAUAUGUGGAGAUUCCUCAUGACUGAAGUCCCUCGUCUGUAUAAGCUCACCCUUUUGGGCCUUCCUGCGUUUUCCCCUGAUCUAAAUUCAAUUGCGAACAUUUGGGGAUGGAUGGCAAGGGAAGUUUACAAAAAUGGACAUCAGUUCCAGGCAGUGGAUGCCUCCUGGAAACACAGGCAUCAAGCAUGCCCAAGCCAAUUUUUCAGGUGAUUAACAAGAAUGGCGCUACUCAUUACUGAGCCCUUUUCUGAACAUUUUAUUUCUAUUUUAGGGGGGCUUUGAGUUUUCUGGAGCUGUGGUCUUAAACUUUGGAUCAGCUGAUGCCCAGGCUAUUUCACUUUAAUGCUGGUUUGCAAUAAAUUGCUUUAGUCAAAACAUUUUUUUGUCUCACUCCCAUUUCUUUUUUUUGCAUUUUGAAGCUCGACUUAGAACCUCCUUAAGAUCCAACAGUGUAAAAUGUAAAUUCUUAAAAUUUUUCAAAUGUUGAUCAGGAGUGUAUGUUUAUUCAAAUGUUUGACAUCUAACCUUUCCUCCAUAACUUUGAAUGGUACCAGUGAACCCACAUUCAUGGCCAAGCGCUCGUGUGGACUCUGAGGCGGUGCAAGAUGGCGGGAGGAAUGAAGUGGAAUGUCAGGUUGGUGGAGAUGUUUGGACUUUACGUGCAACUGCUCGCCAUGAGCCUGCUACUGGGAGUAGAGCUUAGCCGGCUGGGCCACAGUGAUCAGGUCGGGGUCAGCGCCCAGAACAACGAAAGGAGGGUUCUGGCUCACAUCCCGGGUGACAUCAUCAUAGGAGCCUUGUUCUCGGUCCACCACCAGCCGCCUGCAGACAAGGUGCACGAGAGGAAAUGUGGCGCAGUGCGCGAGCAGUACGGCAUCCAGAGGGUGGAGGCCAUGAUGCACACGCUGGAUCGAAUCAAUGCGGACGCCAGCAUCCUCCCGAAUAUCACUCUUGGAUGUGAGAUCAGGGACUCAUGCUGGCACUCUGCAGUGGCCCUGGAGCAGAGUAUCGAGUUUAUCCGAGACACGUUGGUGUCCAGUGAGGAGGAGGAGAGCCAGAGCAGGUGCACCGCCGAGGCGGGCAGCGCGCUGGUGCCGCCGGGCAAGAAGCCCAUCGUGGGCCUCAUUGGACCGGGCUCCAGCUCGGUGGCCAUCCAGGUGCAGAACCUCCUGCAGCUCUUCAACAUCCCACAGAUCGCCUACUCAGCCACCAGCAUGGAUCUCAGUGACAAGAGCUUGUAUAAAUACUUCAUGAGGGUGGUGCCGUCGGACAUGCAGCAGGCCCGAGCCAUGGUGGACAUCGUCAAGAGGUACAACUGGAGCUACGUGUCGGCCAUACACACCGAGGGUAAUUACGGCGAGAGCGGCAUGGAGGCCUUCAAAGACAUGGCGGCCAAGGAGGGCAUCUGCAUCGCGCAUUCGGACAAGAUCUACAGCAACGCCGGCGAGCGUAACUUCGACAAGCUACUGCACAAACUGCGCGGCCACCUGCCCAAAGCCCGCGUGGUGGCCUGCUUCUGCGAGGGCAUGACGGUGCGAGGAAUCCUCAUGGCCAUGCGGCGCCAGCAGCUGGUGGGCGAGUUCCUGCUGGUGGGGAGUGACGGUUGGGCCGACAGGUACGAUGUGACCGAUGGCUUCGAGAGGGAGGCGGCAGGCGGCAUCACCAUCAAGCUCAAGUCGGCCUAUGUGACGUGGUUUGACGACUACUACCUGAAACUGAAGCCCCAUUCAAACCUGAGGAACCCGUGGUUCCCCGAGUUCUGGCAGCACCGCUUCCAGUGCAAGCUGAGAGGACACCCGCAGGAGAGCGCUGUCUACAACCGCACUUGCAGCUCGAGAGAGUCCCUGCGCCACCAGUACGCCCAGGACACCAAGAUGGGCUUUGUCAUUAACGCCAUCUACUCCAUGGCCUACGGUCUGCACGCCAUGCAGCAGGUCCUCUGCCCGGGAUAUAAGGGCUUGUGCGAGUCCAUGCGGCCCAUCGAUGGGCGCCAGCUGCUGGAGUACUUAAUGAGAACAAACUUCACCGGCGUCUCAGGCGAGAUCAUCCACUUUGACCAGAGCGGUGACUCACCUGGCAGAUACGAAAUCAUGAACUUCAAGCACAUGGGUGAGGACGAGUACGCCUACGUCCACGUGGGCAGCUGGGAUCAGGGCGGCCUGCGCAUGAACGACAUGGAGAUCUGGAACAAUGACAGCGACAUCAUCACAUCGGUCUGCUCGGAACCUUGCCAGAAGGCUCAGAUCAAGGUGAUCCGCAAAGGGGAGGUGAGCUGCUGCUGGACCUGCACGCCCUGCAAGGACAACGAGUUUGUGUUCGAUGAGUACACCUGUCGCACCUGCGUCCUGGGCUCGUGGCCGACGGACGACCUGCGUGGGUGUGAGCCCAUCCCGGUGCAGUACGUCCUUUGGGGUGAUCCGGAACCCAUCGCCGCUGUCGUGUUUGCCUGUCUGGGUCUGCUGGCGACCCUUUUUGUCACAUCUGUCUUUGUCAAGUUCUGGGACACGCCUGUGGUCAAGUCAUCCAGCCGUGAGCUGUGCUACAUCAUUCUGGCUGGAAUAUGUCUGGGAUACCUGUGCACGUUCAGCCUCAUCGCCAAGCCCCACAUUGUCUACUGCUACCUGCAAAGGCUGGGAAUAGGCCUGUCCCCUGCCAUGAGCUACUCCGCUCUAGUCACCAAGACCAACCGCAUCGCUCGGAUCCUGGCAGGCAGUAAGAAGAAGAUCUGCACCAAGAAGCCUCGCUUCAUGUCCGCCUGCGCACAGUUGGUCAUUGCCUUCCUGCUCAUCCUGUUGCAGCUCGGCAUCAUCGUGGCACUGCUCGUCAUAGAGCCGCCAGAGGUGAUCUAUCACUAUCCCAGCAUACGUGAGGUGCACUUGAUCUGCAACCUCACCACUCUGGGGGUGGUGGCGCCGUUGGGCUACAAUGGCCUGCUCAUCCUCAGCUGCACCUUCUAUGCCUUUAAGACUCGCAACGUUCCGGCCAACUUCAACGAGGCCAAGUACAUCGCCUUCACCAUGUACACCACCUGCAUCAUCUGGCUGGCCUUUGUGCCCAUUUACUUUGGCUCCAACUACAAGAUCAUCACCAUGUGCUUCAGUGUCAGCCUCAGCGCCACCGUGGCUCUCUGCUGCAUGUUUGUGCCCAAGGUGUACAUCAUGCUGGCCAAGCCGGAGAAGAACGUACGCAGCGCAUUCACCACGUCCACGGUGGUGCGCAUGCACGUGGGCGACGCCAAGAAGGCGGCCAAGACGGGCAAGUCGUCCAGCAGCAUGGCCAACCUGUUCAGACGCCGCUCUUCCACGCAGGAGAACGUCAGCUCCAAUGGAAAGUCUGCAUCCUGGGAGCAGAGCGAGCGCAGCCUCAGACCCAACCUUUGGAAGAGGAUGUCCUUCCAUGUCAAGAAGAAGGAGGCCGCGGAAGCCAACCAGACCGCCAUCAUCAAGCCCUUCUCCACGGGUGGCGACGCAGCUGUCAAGGUAUCACCGUCGUUCCAGGCGGGAGGGAGAGAGGAAGGAGGAGCGUUGAGCACCUAUGGCGGCGACAUCAGCGUCAUCGGUGUGGGUGACCUGGGCGUGAUAGGAGGUCCAGCAGAAGGCGCCACCAUCAUGGACCAAAUCAACUGUGUGGUCAACAGCUUCAACGCCGGCGAGCUCGGCGGAGCCCACCUGCAAGUAGAUGCCAGCCCACCUAGAGGAAGACUCGCCCACUCAGCCGUCACCACGCACACUGAGGUGGCCGCUUUCUGUGAGGGCCGGGCAGCGGGGAAGCUGUACGAGCAGCUGGCGGGUACAUGUGGUCGCCGACUUAGAGACAUGGAUGAGCUGGCCGCCUUGACUCCGCCGUCGCCCUUCCGGGACGCCUCGCUGAGUUCCCACAGUAGCUCCUCCCACUCGAUAUCUGCCACCUUCGAGGCAGAGUACGGGCAGCUUUUGCCGCGACACUACAGCCAGAGCGCCUCCUCUCUGUAGAGGUGUGCAUGACACCUCAGCGGUGCCGUGGAACAGACAGACAUCGUGUGACAUGGAAAUUCCUUUCAUGGACGAUAAUUCUCUAUGAAGCUAAGAAAAAUUCCAAAGAAAAUGUGGAAAAAGCAUACAACACUAAUAUAAUAUUGCUUUAUGACAGGGGUGUCCAAUGGACAGCCCAGAGGGCAUUUGCGGCCUGCGGCUGUUUUUUUAUUGACCCACAGCACAGUCUAAAAAUAUAGCUUAACAAAAAAACAAGAGCAAAAAUGGAAAAACCAGCAGCAAAUUUACAAGAAUAAAGUCAAAAUAUUAAGAUAAAAAACUUGUAACGUAACAAGAAAAAGGUUGUAAUUUUACAAGAAACAAAACAAAAUAGAUUUGUAAUUUUUUGAGAAUGAUGUCAAAAUAUUGUGGGAAUAAAGUCAGAAUGUUACGAGAAAAAAAUAUGUAGAUUAUGUCAGAGAAAGUUGAACAAUUUGGAAAAUUGCAAAACAAAAAUUAGGAAAAAAAGAACAAAGACAUAAGUUGAUACUAAUAAUAUAUUUUUUCACCGAUAUCACAAAGCUGAGAUGCAGUUUUUUCUUGAAAUACUGUAUAACUUUGUAGCAUACAGUAACUGCUUUACAAAAUAUCAAAGUGGCCCUUGCAUCCUUUCACUUUUCACUAUGUGGCCCUUGCUGGAAAAGGUUUGGACACCCCUGCUUUAUACGUUUAGUAUUUACUGUAUAUUCUUUUGCUAACAUUCCUUGACUUAAAUCUAGUUGCCCACUUUUUUGCAGUGGAACCUCUCAGGUUGAACAGGAAUAAUCUCUUCCAGAGUCAAGAUGCAUUGUUUCCCACAGGACUGCAAUCUAUUUGUGGAGGUGUGUAGAAGUUGUCACCAUCUAGUUAGCAUAAUUAGCCAUGAUGCAUGUGCAUGUCACUUUUAUGGAUGCUGUGGGAGGCAAAACAUGAAAAGUAACUCAUACGUUUAGAUAUACAAACCCUCUUUCUUCCGUCGCUUCUUUUUUUUGUUUUUUGAGCAAUACGCGCUGGUGUCCUUUUUAAAAAAACAGGAUAUAAAGGGGUCUGAAUACUCGCUAAAUAUAGCGAUAAAUUUGGUAAAGUUGACCCCUCCAAAUGUAUUUGUGGUAGGGGUGGGGGAAAUUAUCGAUUCUUUGAUGCAUCGCGAUGCGGAUUAAUGGAUUUAUAAAUGUCAAUAAUCGUUACUGACGGAACAAAAAGACGCAAAGCGGAAGUCCCGCCCGGACAUUUUAUGAUGGUGCAUCUAAGUGUAAUGGGCGCCACACACAGGAGGCGAUAAACAACUGCGAUUGGCGAAAACUUAUCGCCAACGCGAGCGGCUGUGACCACUGGUGAGUGACGCGUUCACAUCCAGAGCUAAUUGUACGAGUCUCCCACGGUUUUGAUUGGCCGGUGUUGAUCAAGUACUCCUGCUAGUACCUUGCUCGUACCAGAUCUUGCUAGUAUUGAAGAGAAACUUACAUAAAUGUCCUUAUAAAUUAAUGUAAACGUAACCAAUAUGUUUACUCUGGCGCCAGCGGGUUCCCAUGCCGCUGUUUAUUUCUUUACAUAUUCUUUUUGUUUUAGAAAUUUCAAAUAGCUCCGGGAAAGUAAUCUGUUUCAUGUUUAUUUUAAUUGUGGAUCAUUACAAAUAUGCUUUGCUUUAGUAGUACACAGUGAGUAAAAAGAAAUUGAAAAGAAAAAAUGCUGCCACCAAUAAAUAAAUGCUUGGGAGGCACUGAAGUGUACCCAGUGUAAAAGCUGUCAUUAAUUAUACAGGCGAUUAUAUCAGUCGCAUUUUAACAAUCUUAUUUAACAUUCUGUGUAAAAUGAAGUUCAGCGCCGUUAAUAGUAAAAGGCAAGAAGCUGUCUGUGAACUUUGAUAGCAAGUGACGACGCGCAACAACCACAGAAGCCAAAGGAAGACAGUCUGGGUCUUAAGUCCUGGGUCAUUUCUCCGAAAAAUGACACAUCCAAAAUAAAUAAGGUUGUUGUUAUCCAUGUACAGCAACCGCUGUACAUGGAUCACCAUCAUGGUGUCAAAGUAAAGGAAAGAUGUUGGGAGUUACUAUAGGUGUAAAUGAAGUAGCUACACUAGUUGGUAAGUAGAGUUUGGCAUCGAUCAUCGAUGGGAACCGGACAAACAUUUCCGACUCUCCCGGGAUUGUUAAAUAUUUUUGAAUUGGAUUACUAGUUUCAAUGCCCGGUGUGCCGACCGGGAGAAAUAGGUCAGGCUCCGGGCACUAUUUCCAGGCUGCUGGAGGCCCAUCUUCCCCGCUGCACUUCACCACCUCCCAGGCGGAACACCUCGCCGUUAUGGCCAGGCUCCACGCACCAUUUCCAGGCUGCAUGAAGCCCAGUUCUAUGCUAGACUUUCCCACCUCCCUUGGAGCCUCACUGGAUGUGUGUAAUGGAGCCUCAAAUGCCGUUCUGGCCGAGUUCAAGCACCAUUUCCGGGCUGGAAAUGGUGCCCAUUCCCCCGCUGCAUUUCGCCACCUUCCAUGAGGCCUCGCUGGACGUGCUCCAGGCAGGACACGUCUCAGUUUUGGCACGGGCCUCACACACCAUUUUCCGGGCUGCACCCACCUCUUCCCACCUCUUCCGCAGUCUCAUGGAGCAUGCUCCAGGUGGAACACUUUUCUGAUCUGGCCGCCCUCCAGGCACCAUUUCCGGGCAGCUGGAGGCUCCCUUCUACACCUUCCAUGGAGCCUUUCUGGAUGUGCGCCAGGCAGAACACCUCGCCAUUAUGGCCAGGCUCCACGCACUAUUUCCAGGCUGCAUGAAGCCCAGUUCCACACUAUACUUUCCUGCCUUUCUUGGAGCCUCACUGGCUGUGUGUAAUGGAGCCUCACAUGCCGUUCUGGCUGGGCUCCACGCACUAUUUCCGGGCUGGAUGAAGCCCCUUCGUCCGCUAAACAUCCCCACCUUCCACAGAGCCUCAGUGGGCGUGCAUAAUAGUGCAACCUGCCCUUGCCGCCCAUUCCCAAGCAGUCAUUGUCAGCCCAUAAGCACUCACAUGAGGUUUUCAAAAAUGAAAAUCUUUUGUGAAAGUGUACUGCUGUGGAAAGAAACUUCAUAACAUCUAUAUUCAAGUUCAUAAAAUGUUCAUAUCAUUUUUUUAAACAAUCAUCUUUUGUUCAAAUGCUGAAGUUUUGACUGAGUAUUAUUCCUCAGAAUGUGUGGUUGUGUUCCAAGUGUUGUGACUUAGAGGUUCCACGGUAUCUAAAGGUGGCAUCUGACUAUUUUAGCUGACUGUGCUUGCAGUAAUAAGAUAUAGAGCUUCUACUUUGAAUUUCCGUGCACUGAGCGUGAACGCAAGCAGCUGCAGUUUGGCAAAAGCAAGAAAAAUGAAGAAGUUUUCUCAGAGAGCUUCCCUUUUUGUGACCUGGUUAACAACCACGUGGAUUGUCUUAAUGUAAGAUGGUCGCCUGAAGAUCUUCUUCCACCUCAGGAUGUCUUUUUUUUUUUUUCCCAGCACACACGACGUGUCUGUGCACACUGAACUGUAGUAGCGUUCUCCUUCAUCUGCUGUUUUUCAUAGAAGAGGACACUUUAGGCCAUCCAUUUUUAUUGGCCCUCGGCAUAUUGUAUUAAUAAAAUUAAUUGUGAGAGUGUUUCCCAAAGGACUGCCACCUAUCUGUGGCAUCAUCUACUUUGCAUAAUUAGAGUGGGAGACAAAAAAGUGAGUAAAAAACAUGAAAAGCAAUACAAAUAUGCUGUUUUUAUGUCACAAGUAGGACGGGGCCACCUGUGAAUGUUUUGAGUUGGGUGGGCGGGACCAACAGGUAGUCUCCAGAAGUGUCCAAUAAGACCGGAAAAUGUCGUUAGAUAUGUCUUUUUUUUAUAUAUAUAUAUAAGACAAUGGAGAGGGGUCUGAAUACUCGCUAAAUAUUAGCUUGCUAAGUUGUCAGCAUUGAUCCCUCCUGCUACGUGUUCAUCACACGUGAAUGACAUUUGCUUGGUCAACACAAAGCUAAGAUGUUUUGUUUGAAUGGUUUAGCAUAUAUUGACCUACAAUGGAUUGCUUUCAGCAUCGUUAAUGUACAAAAUGUAUCAAAGUGGCCCCCAUCCUUUAUUUUUUUUUCCUGUAUGCAGACACCCCUGCAAAGCAGGUGAUUCUUUUUAUGUUUUUUGUGCCAUAAGAGACGUGCUGCCUGACAUUUACGUUACUACGAUGUUGCUUUCUUUUGCUCGGUGUGGUUUUCAGGAGUAGAGUGUUUACUUUUAGGAUUUAAGAGAUGACCUUUGUGUGUGUUUGCUGCAUGUGUGUACGCACAUGGAGAGCCGCCGUGUUUGCAUGUUUGCGCCAAAUAGACACGUGUGACACCAACAUAGGGAUGAUGGUUUUCCAGUCAGCCUGGUUCCUUUUACUUUCUAUAAAAUGUGUUAUAUUUAUUGCAGGCUUCGUUUCACAGGGAAUUCUUUUCAUUAUCAUAACUGUUCUUAGUAAAGCUAAAUAAAUGUUUUAAUGCUAAAA